AUGAAUAUCUCUCAGACACACACCGAAGAAAUCGAGGUGAACAUCAAGAACAAUGGAUCGGACACACCCCGCAGCUGGAAGUCCAUAGGUACGUCCAGUACCAAAAGUCGCGGGGAAUCUGCAAAGUUCAACUUAUUCAAGAGUAAGCCUAAGACAGCUCCCGAGGAGCCGAGUGCACCACCCCACCCUCAUCAAAUUUCCGCAGCUUUGAAGAAGGUUGGAAGCUCGUCAGGUCUCAAGUCAUUGAACUGGGGGUUCACCAAGGACGCCCCAAACAGCUCAAAAUCCGGACAACGGUGGUUCGGAAAGUCACCUUGGCAUCGCAGAGAUUCCAAUGACACCAUCAGCAGCGUGACAAGUUCAGUUCGAGAGGUCUUGGCUGGCAGAACACCAGCUACCACCCCCGAUCCCGAAACCUUUCUUCACCAAUUAGACUACACCAUGACCCCUUAUCCAGCCGGAGAAGCAACGCGGGUCAAGACGCCACCUCUACACGAAGACACCGCUGAUGGGAGACCCCGAGGUUUCUUCGGGAAUGUGAUACCACCGGGAGGAGACGGCGACAGCUAG